AUUAUUUGUCCGCCGAAUUCGAUCAGGCAGCUCGUCGUGCGCCGCGGAAGUGUAUUUGCUCCAGGAAUUUUAACCUUGCGUCCUGUUUGCAAAAGUGGGCGGGAGCUAUUUUUGCAGAAAGAGCUGGGCGAAGGCGACAGCGAGAGGGAAGGAGAUCUACACAAUUGCAAAGAAUACCAUCGUCCCUGUUUAGCAGGUGCCCAGCCUGCUUCCAAGAAGCUGGGGAAUGCCGCCACGAGGCAAAAAAAGAGCCGGAGGGCCCUUGAAAGCUACCAAAGAACCUGUCUUGAAAGUGGCCAAAUCUGAGAUCCCAAAGGACGAAGAGGUACCAGUGAUGGUCAAAAAGUCUGGAAAGAGAAACCCCGGGAAAACCUCUGCAGGAAGAGCCAGCACAAAGCAGGAAGGGAACCAGAAAACCUACACCCAUUGGCUGAUGAAAUCUGAACCAGAGAGCAGGCUGGAGAAGGGAGUGGAUGUCAAGUUUGGCAUUGAAGAUUUAAAAAUGCAAGCGAACCAGACAGCAUGCUGGGAUGGAGUCAGGAAUUACCAGGCCCGGAAUUUCUUGAGAGAGAUGAAAGUUGGGCAGACGGCCUUUUUCUAUCACAGCAACUGCAAAGAGCCUGGGAUUGCGGGCAUCAUCAAGGUGGUUAAGGAGGCCUACCCAGACCACACCCAGUUUGAAAAGAAGGAUCCUCAUUAUGAUGCUUCCAGUUCCAAAGAAAAUCCCAAAUGGUGGAUGGUGGAUGUCCAGUUUGUGCGAAUGACCAAGCGCUUCAUCCCCCUGGCAGAAUUGAAACUUCACCACCAGGCACACAAAACCUCUGGAGGCCCCCUGAAAGAAAUGGCACUCUUCACUCGCCAGAGACUCUCGGUACAGCCUCUAACUGCGGAGGAAUUCGAGUAUGUGUUGAGCCUGGAAGAAGAAAAGCCACACUGAGAACUGUGUUCUGAAUCAGUGCUGAAUCGUUAGAGCUGGCUGACCAGUGGCUGAGUCGCUCCUGCAAAAUAGGGCGGCUUUACACUGUCAGACAAGAACACUCUGGAAUUGCACUAAAGCCAUGUUAUCAUCAUUAAGAGGUUAAGGUGUUGUUGUUUUUUUAAAAAAAUAAACGUUAUUUGGGUUUUUU